UGAAGGGGAAAAAUAUCGCAAAACGAAACAAAUACAGGCUAAACUCAACUAAUAAUGCGGAAACCCACAACUUCAAUCCAUACAUUUGUCAAAAGUACACAUCUCACAUUAAUUCCAUCACAAAAACACUUGACAAUCAACAUUAAAAAAAAAAUAUCAACAUUUCAAUCUUUUUUGAUCUACACAUCUUCCAUAAUAUACAUUGAUAACAUUUCACACUUUUAAUGUUAUAAUAAAACAUACAAUAUGGUUUUAGACAAGAACAAAAAUGAAACAUCUUCUCCAUCCACAGAUGUUCCAAGAGAAAACUCCCCUCUCCUUGGUUCGGAACAUUUAUCGUCGACACCUAAAACAUUCGCUAAUGUAUUCAUCUCCAUUGUGGGUGCGGGCGUUCUAGGACUCCCCUACACUUUCAUGCGCACCGGUUGGAUUACAGGGUUUGUCAUGAUCUUUGUUGUCGCGGGCCUUGUUUAUCGUGGCAUGAUGUUGUUAAUUGAAACAAGAAAAAAACUCGAAUCCCCUUUGACUUAUUCCAAAAUCAAUUCAUUUGGUGAUCUGGGGUUUGCUGUUGGUGGUCCUUUAGGCCGUCUAGCUGUUGAUCUCAUGAUCAUUGCAUCACAAGCCGGUUUUUGUGUUGGGUAUUUGAUAUUUAUUGGUAACACAUUAGCCAAUUUAUUUAAUCCCACAUCUAUAAUUGAAUCGCGGAAUUAUUUGAAUGCUAGUAACUACAUUAUGGGAAUGAAGGCAAAAACAUUUUACAUAUGGACUUGUUUUCCAUUCCAGUUGGGAUUGAAUGCCAUUCCAACUUUAACGCUGUUAGCCCCUUUGAGUAUUUUCGCUGACAUUGUUGAUCUUGGUGCAAUGAGUGUUGUCAUGGUGGAAGAUGUUACGGUUAUAUUGAAAAACGCCAGGAAUCUAACCGCAUUUGGAAGCUUUCCUAUGUUCUGUUAUGGUCUUGGGGUGGCUUUGUUUUCCUUUGAAGGAAUUGGAAUGGCAUUACCAUUGGAAUCAGAAGCCAGAGAUAAGAAAAAGUUUGGUAGUGUGUUGGCAUGGGCUAUGAUGUUUAUUGCAGCCAUGUAUGGGUUUUUCGGCGUGUUGGGCUACUUUGCUUUUGGUGAAAAUACCAGAGAUAUUAUUACUGCUAAUAUCGGUAAAGGUAUUCUUAGUACCAUAGUGCAAUUAGGAUUGUGUAUAAAUCUUUUUUUCACUUUCCCAUUGAUGAUGCAUCCUGUUUAUGAAGUUAUGGAAAGAAGAUAUUGGGAAGGAAGGUAUUGUUUAUGGAUGAGAUGGGCAUUGGUUAUGAUGGUGAGUUUAGUGGCUCUUUUCGUGCCGAAUUUUACUGAUUUUUUGUCAUUGGUUGGGAGUAGUACUUGUUGCAUAUUGGGGCUGGUUUUGCCUGCUUUUUUUCAUUAUAUUGCAUUCAAGAAUGAUUUGAGAGGGGAGGAUCUUAUGUGGGAUUUGGGGAUGAUCAUUUUGGGUGUUAUUCUUGGUGUAUUGGGAACUUGGUUUUCAUUAGUAGAAAUCCUCUUUUGAAUGUGUGGAUUCGGGUUUGAGCAUGAAGUGUAUGAUCAUCACAUCAAAGAAUGUAAAUGAUUGUGAUAGUAAAUAGCCAAGCUUUCAAUCAAACAAUGGUGACAUCGUUUUUUGGAUUGUGUUAGUCCCUAACUUAUGGCCGAGUGUGGUUCCCGGUUAGUGCUCGAUGUCAAUCGAUUGACUGCAGUUGAGUUUUGAGAUGUUUGCAAGUUGAAAUUAUAGUGUGACAAAAAUAAAGGUCAUUUAUUUGGGUAGUGAAAUGAGGAUUGUAGUGUGUUUCCAUGUUUUAAGAUGGAUUGAUUGCACUAGUGAAGGGUUUGAGAGUGUUGUUACGCUGCUUCUGCUUUUUUUAUCUUUAUCUAUAUACAUUUUAUCACAUAUAUUGUCAUAUAUGCUUUGGUUACUCAAUUUAUUACA